CCACAGCAGGUCGGGGAAAGCGGAAGAUGUCUACACAGAGACACACGCCCUGCGCUCGCUUGGCUUCAGACGCGUGCAUGGACCACGCGCCACAAACCGAGCCCGAGGGGUCAGCAGAAUGUGGCUGCUUUGUCCAGUGACGGUUCUCUUUAUCAUCUCGGCAGGAAGCGGCGCCUCUCCGCCGACCUACGUGGACGUUCGCGCGAGGGAUACGUGGAAUUUAGAGGUGCGCUGGACGGCGGAUGGCGAACGACGCCGCGGGGUGCAGGUUUAUGAAAUUCAAAUUGGGCGCAACGAAAACUUUACCGUCGUCGACCAGAGAAACGUGAGUAAAGAGGCGCCGGGAGCAGGUGUUCUAUUCCUCACGUGGGUCUGGACAUCAGCACUGCCGCUCCAGUGCGCGGACCACUCCGUGCGUAUCAGAUGCGUCUUUAGUUCGUCGCUCACAAGCUCCUGGAGUGCAUGGACAACUGCAUACGGGCAGCAGCACUCGCCCUCUGGACAGGUCCAGCUCUUCCCCGUGCAACAGGUGUUGCAGGAGGGCACCUCCACCAUCUUCUGCUGCAUCCCGGCUGACGGCGCAAACGUCACUGCCAUGAAGCUGGGCAAUGUUCUGUACACGCUCAGCCCGGUGGGCGGCCGCGUACAAGCCAUCCGGGAGGAGCGGCUCGACUCCUCGCUGUUUGGCGUGAACCUAAUCUGUCAGGACGACUCGGGCAGCAAGAACAUAGUCUUAAACUACGUCACCUUUCCUCCGCAGAGGCCACAGAACCUGAGCUGUGAGACCAGCGACCUGCGGAAUAUCGUCUGCUCCUGGAUAGCCGGCAGGAAACCCAACCUGAGCAAUAACCACCGUCGCCGCUAUACUCUCCAAUUCCAGCGCUCAGAUGGAGUGAAUGUGACAGAUAUUCCGUGUGACAUCUCCAGAUGCACGUUCAAGAUGGUGGCAGAGCAGAGCUUCUACAACAUCUCCGUCGUGGUGAGGAACGCCCUGGGAGAGGAGAGACAGAGCUACGCCUUCAACAUCUCCGACAGAGUGUUUCCUGUUGCCGAGGACGUCUCUGUACUAGCGGGAGUGACGGAUGCUGAAGUGUCCUGGGCAUUAAGUGGGAAUUUUUCCAGCCUACAGUUUUCCUGCCGGAUCAGGCUGGAGUCAGCUGGAGGACAAAGGGAGCUGCAGGUUAAGGUCCCUGAGUGGGAACGGCGUGUGACUGAACAUGUGAAGCAUCUGCAGCCUAGCUGUCAGUACUCCAUCACACUCUGCUGCCACCUGCUGGAAAACAGCUGCCGCUACACCACCAAACCCACCCACUUUACAACAGAUCCUCUGGUGACGCUCAGUGUCUGGCGGAGGAUAGAACGCAGAGCUCACAAUCGCAGCAUCGCAGUUCUGUGGAAAACUUUUAACAGCGGUUCAGACUCCAAUGUGCAGGUGUUUGAAGUGUGUGUGAAGCAGAAGGAUGCUCUGAAGAGUGUGUGUGAGAACGUCACAAAGACACAGGUGGAUUUAACAGUGGGAGCCGGAGUGUAUCAUGUGUCAGUGAGAGCAGUCACACUCGUAGGUUUAUCUGAACCAGCCCAUAUCACAGUUCCAUCAGACCACCCAGUGUCCAAGUUAGUGGAGAAGAGGAUUAUGGGUGAUGCGGAGGGGUUCCUGUUGUCUUGGUCCAGUCUCUCCUCAGCCACUGGUGGCUACAUUGUAGACUGGUGCAGGAGAGGUAGUGCAACACCAUGUGACCUGCAAUGGAGUAAAGUGCCAGCCAAUCAGACGUCCUUGUUUCUCACAGCAGAUGGCUUCCAGAAGGGAUGCAGAUACACAUUUAGGAUUUUUAGCUGUCACUCAGAAGGGGACCUUGUUCAUGAGAAACAGAUCGGCUAUUUGGAAGAGCAGAAGCCUGUUCAAUUCCCCGAGCUUGAAUUUCCACCGAGUGUCAGCUGGACAUCCGUAAAACUGGAAUGGAGUUUUAAUGAGGAGGAUCCAGCUCAUCCUGGAUUCAUCACAGGAUACAUGAUAACAGUCCAUAAUGAUUCUCAGUGGAAUUCUACUCACAACGUGUGGAGCCUCUCUGUGCAGAUGCCUGACUGUAAGAGCCUGGAGGUGGCAGGUCUACAGGAGAGCCAACAGUACACAAUCUGUCUGGCAGCAUGUACAUGUGUUGGGUGUGGUCCUGUAACCACCCUCACAAUCACCACCCUGCAGAACCGUUACCUUCUGCUGGCGAAGGUCUUGACCCCUCUCCUCGUUGUGAUGGGCUGUUUCCUUUGCUUUUGGCCUUGCAGAAAAACGUUGACAGGAAUCGCUGUAGAUGUUUUUAAGUUCCCAUCAGAUCACACUAUGAAAGUGUUGGAGUUGGACGGCAACCUGUAUGAGGUGAGUGAGAACCUCAGAGCUCUGCAGGUGGAGGACUGUAAAUGUUGCGAACUGGAGAUCAUGGAGGCACCAAGCACCGUGGCGGAGAAAUCCUGCCUGCUGUUCACCGACAGCUCAUGGAAACAGAAGGACCUCUCUGUGCUAGCUGCUCCACCCCUUACAGAAAACAGACCCACCCCGGUGGGUUGGGCUGCCGCAGAGAACGCCCCCCCGUGCAGAGAGCCAGGCGGCGAGACCAUGACGAGCAUGGUGAACCUCACUUACCUGUCCUCCCUGCCAUGCCCCGAGGAUCCUGAGGGGGCACCACCGUACCACACCAGCCAGGAGGCUGGCCCCAGCAGCGACGGCUACGUCACCUCCAUAACCAUGGUGACACGAUGUGACUCAGGAUGAUUUCAAUAUUUGUGUGUGCGUGUGUGUGUGUGUGUGUGUGUUUUGUGUGAGAACGUGUGGGAGGUCAACUACAGUGACUGAGCACAAACUCCCAUCAGCUGUUCUCUGUAUUUGUACAUCUGUGGUAUUUUGACAAGCUGCAAAUUCCUGAUAACCAUAUUUUUAAAAAAGUGUUUUGACUGCACAGAGAAGAUUGAGUUAGUGUUCAUCUGUUUCUCAAGACCUUAAAAAAGCAGACAACUGCUCAAGAGGUUUGGACUUGAUCAACAUAAUAAUCCAAUUACACAACCAGAGUUAUCGGUUCAAUCCUGGAGAUGAUCAAGCUUACUUACUGAAAAAGACGUUGGACCAACCAACACACACGACCCUGACUCACCUCAACCCGGUGCCCAGAGAACGCAGAUGACCCUGAUGAAGCUGAGCCCCUGCUCUCUCAGCUCCUAUGCUUGAAUGUGAAGUGCUGGACAAGCAGUCAUCUGCUGAAAGAGAAAGCUGCUGACCUCACCAUUUUGUCUGCUCAAAAUUCAUCUUAAUUACUUUGUCUUGAUUACUUCAUCUUUCGUGGAAAUUCUAUGCAUAAAUGUACUAAAAAAACUUACCAAUAAAAUAAUUUACAUUUCAUUUAAGGAAAAAAGAACAUUCCUGCAUUGCGGAGUAUAAGACUAACACACAUCUCUCAGCACUCUGACAGAUUCAUAAAGCACACGAGCAACCGCUGCAGGUACUCCUCUCCAAACAUGAGCAGCGCUACCCCAGUAACAACCAUCAUCUGCCAACAGUCCCAACUCCAACGCACUCUUUAGGUAAAAUCUAGUGGCACUUUACAAUAGCUCCAUCAGUGCCAGAACAGCAGAAACUCAACACACCGAACCCUCACUGUGAGACCUUCGCCCUGUCUAGUGGUGAAUUAGUACCAGCAGAAACUCAACACACCGAACCCUCACUGUGAGACCUUCGCCCUGUCUAGUGGUGAAUUAGUACCAGCAGAAACUCAACACACUGAACCCUCACUGUGAGACCUUCGCCCUGUCUAGUGGUGAAUUAGUACCAGCAGAAACUCAACACACU